UCAAGCUGCAAAGAGAGUAUGCGCAAGUUUCUCGUCCAGCCCUCCCCUCGCUUGUUUCACAGUCCUCUGCUGGGGCUGGUGCAGUUUAGGGGAUGGGGGGUUAGAGCCUGCGACGUCAACUACCUGUGUGUGGCCCCCGCAUGGACAAGGAUGCGGUUGAUGGAGCAGUUUUAUGCGAGACUCGAAUGCCUUCUCAGCAUUUUAUUGGGCAUUCCGACGUCACGACAUUUUACUGACAACCAUAAAUAAGGCAUUGCAUGUGCCAACUAUAUUCUGUGAGUAUGCCUUUGUGAAGAAGCUCGUCACCCUCGCCGGGAUUCCCCGCAACAUUUUCAACAAGAGACAAGGGAAAAAAAAAAAAAUCUGCAAAAAUGGACAAAGAAAGUAUUGGUACUCAAUACGAGCCUGUGGCUGAGAUUGGAGAGGGUGCGUAUGGGAAAGUGUACAAGGCAAGGGAUUUGAAGAACGGGGGACGCUUUGUAGCCCUAAAAAGAGUUCGUGUCCAGACAGAGGAAGAAGGGAUGCCUCUCUCAACUAUCCGGGAGGUGGCGGUACUGAGGCAACUGGAGGCCUUUGAGCACCCCAAUGUUGUCAGGUUGUUUGACGUUUGCACUGUCUCUCGGACUGAUCGGGAAACCAAGCUAACCCUGGUGUUUGAGCAUGUGGAUCAGGAUCUGACAACAUACCUGGAGAAGGCUCCCGACCCCGGGGUUCCACCUGAGACCAUUAAGGAUAUGAUGUACCAGCUGCUUCAGGGGCUAGACUUCCUGCAUUCACACCGUGUCGUUCACCGCGACCUAAAACCCCAGAAUAUUCUCGUGACCAGCGAUGGUCAGAUCAAACUGGCAGACUUUGGGUUAGCCCGCAUCUACAGCUUCCAGAUGGCGCUCACAUCGGUGGUGGUGACGCUGUGGUACAGAGCUCCUGAAGUGCUGCUCCAGUCCAGUUACGCCACACCGGUGGACCUGUGGAGUGUUGGCUGCAUCUUCGCUGAAAUGUUCAGGAGAAGACCUCUUUUUCGAGGAAACUCCGAUGUGGAUCAGCUGGGAAAGAUCUUUGAUGUUGUUGGGGUACCUUCACCUGAAGACUGGCCUGAAGAAGUGGCCUUACCUCAGAGUGCCUUCACACCCCGACCCCCAAAACCAAUAGAAAACCUGGUGCCAGACAUGGAUGGGGAAGGACGAGCCCUGUUAAUGCAAUUUCUCACCUUCAACCCCUCGAGGAGAAUAUCAGCCUUCGCUGCGUUGAGUCACCCUUACUUUCAAAGUGUGGACAGUCACAGCAGGAGCCUGUAUGCUACACAUUCAAUCCCCUGCAUCAAGCCCUCUAUUGAGGAGAGGACUGCCUGAUGGUCCUCCCUGCAGUUACCCCCAAACAGUGUCUAUGACAAGUAUUUCUUGUACCCAACUUGUUUUAUUGGGUUUAUAACAACUAAAACCACAUAAAUUAAGCAUUUUGACACUGAUCAGCAGAAAUCAAAUGAGUCUAUAACUCUAAAAUGCCUCUUGAUGUUGGCCCGUUAGGCUAACAGACUAUAUCUCUUUGCAGCACUUUCCUACUGGAGUAUGCAUGAGUUAGUACACAAAAACUGUGAUAUUAAUACUUUAUUUUUUUUAUCUCCAAACAAAACAGCUAACAUUGAUCGGUUUAAAAGCUCACUUGUUGUAGCCAUUCAUUUAGAUUUCACGUGUCUGAUGAUAUUCACAGCCAACAGGGAUGACUUCAGUCUUAAGAUUCAUGGUCAGACAUUGCUUAGGGGGAUUUCAUGCUGGUUUGUGGGAUCUAAAAAUAAAAUAAAAAAAGUAAUAAAUUACUGAGGAAAAACUUACAUCUUUCCUUUACAUUUUAAAUGGAAAAACAAACAAAAAAAUGCGUCGGAUCUUUAACCUAACCUAGCUUGGUUGAUGGACCCUUUCAUUAUAUUUUACCAGCCAGUCUUUGGUAGGAGUGUACCAGCAUCCUGACCUGGCAGUAUCUGCCUGUUCUACUUUAAAAAAGUUCCAAAUCCUUCAAAGCUGCAAAGGCAUCUUUUGGUCACAGCCUUUAUUGAUUAUUUCUUUAAGGACUGUUUGACGAUCAUCACAAAACAUUUCAUUUCUUGUCAGACAAGUCAAUCUUUUGUAGAUUUGAUUGUAUCCUUGGACUUACUGUGAUGCCUAGAGACAAAACCCUCAUCAUCAGCUUCUAGGUCAAUUUAUACCAGUUUUCAACUAAAAAACAUCCAGUUUUAGUAAAGUUCCUCCAUAUUUACCUACAUUAAUAGUGACUGUUUUCACUUUGCAACAUAAUAGCACACGUCCUUUAGACCUUUCUUUUUACUUACUUUACUUCUUUUCAGUUAGAUUCAUUCACUAUGCUGUAACUUCUCCUCAAUAUAAGGCCUUAACAAAGAAUAUUAGUAAAAAUUAAACCUGGAAACCUAAACUUCCUUACAUUUAAUGUUGCUGGGGAAAAUUCUCAGUCAUUCCAAAAAAAAGUAAAAAACAAAAAA